GGAAGCGGCGACUCCGCGGCGGCCGGUCAGAAGCCACCGCUCCGCUCCCUGAGGAGCGUGCCUGAAGCAGGGGCUGGAGAUGGCGCCGGCGAAGGGGUGGAGCCGGACGGUCGGCAGCGCGCGGUCCUUCGUGGGGAACGCGAUGGGCGGCGUCCGCGGCUGGAGCAACGCCGCCUCCUGGGCCGUCGCCGGCUCCCUCGCCUACUACCUCUGGGUCAGGCCCGCGCGCGAGCUCAAGAAGGAGCAGGAGGAGCGGGCUGCUUUAACUGCUGCCUCCGAUCCUUACCGCUAUGUUGAGAAACGGAAGCCAAUUCCUGACCCUCAGGACACUGGCCUAACUUAUGGGAAGAAGAAGGAUCCUACAAAGUCUGAUAACUAGUUCACCUGGGAGCAUAAUGUAUCAAAAUGAGCCUUUCUUCUGCCUGGCAAUGUUCCAGUAUGGGAUUUCCACAAGUCUGGUUGCUAACACAGUAAACAUACCAUAAAAAAAUGUUGCUUCCUCAUGCUAGCAAGCCCUCUUGUUGUUGUCGAGACUCUUCGUUUUGAGUAAUUUAGCUUUCGCUUUUGUGUGUUCUGCUUGUUCAGAUGGAUGAGGUUUUUGUUAGACAUAUGAGGAUUCAGAUACCAGAAAUGUAAAUGUGUAAAUUGCCCCAGAACGGCUGGGGACGUCCUACACACCUUGUCUUUGCUUAGCUAGAUGUUCAGGAAAUAGUGUACGGACAUGCUGCAUCAUGCACUUUUUUUUUCCCGUGUACUGUAUACCGUCACUGCUACUUGCUACUAGUGCUUUCAGCAUGCUAAAGAAUAAAGAAUAAUUACACGGUCUCUAUGUUA